AGUGCAAUCACCGGAAGCCACUAGAAGGGUGUCUGUGAUAUCUAGGACAUUGCAGAGAGGAACCGCUAUGGAAGCCUUCCUAAAGGGGAAGCGGUUAGACUGAUUGCAUGAAGAACAAUCUGGGUGAUGCCGUUGUAUCAAGGCAGUCGAUGGCUGGAUUACACAACUUAUAAUGGCGAGGGAUCAGGCUAGAUGGUGACAUGGCAAUCCAGGGAUAUCACAGAUAAGAUGAUAACACCAUCCCUUUACUUUCUGACCAGUCUGCCAGUAGGGAGUCUGAAUGUGACGUACCUUAGCUACCAAUGAUGCUCAUCUUACCUAGUUUCCUCGGUCUCGUCAUCUUGACGACAACUGUGACAGGUCAAUAUAACACUGUGGCCAGUCUAGAGAAAGAAUUUUGGACAUGGAGAAUGGCUGACUCCCCUGUGUACGCAACCUACUUAGGAUAUUACGCCUACAACGACCGACUACGGUCAUUUAAUAUGUCGGCUUUCGACAGCAGGAAGAGCGAUAUUGAAGAUUUUAAAACCAGAUUGCAGGCAGUGUCAACUACAGGUUUCACUGCUACUCAGAAGGCUGAUUAUGACAUCCUCUCGGACACAUUUACAUCAUAUCUAGAGGGACACGAAUGGGCAUUGCACAGUGCUAUAAACCCACUGAAUUUCCUAGGAGGGAUACAUAUAUACUACCCGGUGUCAAUGGCAUCGACCAAUACCAGAGGCGACUUUGAGAAUUACAUUGUACGGCUAAAAGGACUUCCCAAUCUUAUUCAAGAGGUCAUUGAUACCAUGGCUAAAUCAAUUGAAUUGAACAGGACUCUACACCGACAUUCAGUUGAACCAGUUCCAGAUCAAAUCGGGCAGAUUCUGGUGAACGUCACAGAGGACUCAUACUUCUAUCGUCAUUUUAAAGGGAAACUUAACGAUACGGAAUACAUCACAGCCGAGGAUAAGCUGGAUUUACAAGCAAGAGGAGCUUCUGCUGUCGAGGCGGUCAUUCAAGCGUACAGCGAUUUAAAGGAUUAUGUUGAAAAUGUCUAUAUGGCACACACUAGACCCCACACAGGAGUCAACUCCCUAGAGAAUGGUGAAGAAUUCUACAGGGCCUGUCUUAAGUGGCAUCUGUCGGUGGACAUGUCACCUGAGGACGUCCACAAUCUGGGCCUGCAGGAGGUCGAGAGAAUCUACCAAAACAUGUUAACUGUGAUGAGGAGACAACAGUUUGAAGGGACGGUUAAGGAAUAUUUUGCCUCCCUGAAUAACGACUCCAGAUUCGUUUGGGAUGAUGCGGACCGGAUUAUCAAGGAGUAUGAACACAUUAUCCACGAGAGGAUUGCCCCCAAACUGCCGCUAUACUUCAAGGAUAUCCCAGAUAUACCUAUUGUGGUACAGAAGAUGUCGUACGACGGUCCAGGAGGAGGAUACGGUUCUGCAACAGAGGAUUACCCAGGGGUCUUCUACGUGAACUUGUUCCGACCAAGAGAAAACCCUACGUACGACUUCAUGAGCCUGGCUUUACACGAGGCCAGCCCCGGUCACCAUCUCCAGCAUAUCGUUGGUCUAAAAGCUGAAUUGCCUGACUUCCGAAGCCAACCCGAGCUUUCCUUUUACGAUGUUCCCUUCUAUUUCCCUUUCUAUACUGCUUACGUUGAGGGAUGGGCCUUGUACGCAGAAUACCUCGGUGAGGAGAUGGGACUUUAUAAAGACGACUAUGAACUGAUGGGUCGAUACAGCGCUGAAAUGUUGCGAGCCUGUCGUUUGGUGGUGGAUACGGGCCUCCAUCACUUCAAUUGGGAACAACAAAGAGCUAUUGAGUACAUGUUAAAUUACACCGCCUUUUCAUCUGAAGCCAUAACUAUAGAGGUUAACCGGUACAUCACCUGGCCCGGACAGGCGUGUGGAUACAAGUUCGGAGAAAUUCGCAUGCGAGAGCUGCGAUCAAAGGCGGAAUCAGAACUUGGUUCUUUGUUUGACCUCCGUGACUUCCACUCAGUAAUUCUGACGAAUGGUCCUAUGCCACUGAGUGUACUGGAAACGACCGUCGAUGAUUGGAUCACAAACACAAAGAAUACUGCUCAAACAUCAGCGGCCGCCCCCGUUCUACAAAGGGAGAUGAUCCAAUUGUUCGGCUUACUCAGUUGUAUUGCAUUACGAAUUGCAUUCGUUUAAAAUGGUGACAACAUUAAGAAGGAAAUGUCAUCAGAUUGGGAAUGAGCGAAAGAGAAUUAUAUUUACACAAUUCUUUUGAAAAUACUAUUUACUUUUGGACAUUUUCAUCCUACCUAUUUCUCGUUAUAGUAAAUUAAGGCAUUUGACCACCUAUAAAGAGGAUAUAUCAAUGACCGGAAUACUAGAUAAUACAAGCGGCCGAUAAAACGAUGGAAGCAUUAAAGAGUCAGUUUUAAUUCGAUAUUUGAACGUUUAAAAGAGACGAUGGAAUUCAAAAUACAAAGAAAACAAGUACUAAAAAGUUAUAUCAGUUUCUGAUAUUAGGCGAAUUUGUAAUAAAUAUACAGAAAAAAAAAAUCAAAGUAACGCAACAAUUUGAUCUCAUCGUAUAUUGGCAUUUUUUAUAUUCAUUAUAUAGCAUAUAUACGGUAUCACUUAUAGAGUCUAUAUUGAAAGGUGCUAUUCAAUUGUGCUUUGUUAAUAUUCAAUUCAUAUUUUAUACUUUUAUAUCUCUAUUUCGAGCUCAAGAAAUGUAAAUCGUCAUCAGUAUUUUAACUGUUUUAUUAAUAUUACAAAAUUGUAGCUUUUUCAUAAAAUUGUUAAAUGGUAGUAUAUACAUGUACCCUUAAACUAUAUCGACCGACGACAAAGUGAGAAGUUGAUAUCUUUUUAGGUUAAUGAUAUAAAAUAAUGGACUUCAGAUGAGGUCUAUCCUAGGUUUUUAACCUUAGUCUGGAUCAUAUUUACCAAGGAAAAGUAAACAAUUGUUUUAUGUGACAUUUCACAAUUUGAUUAAUCGUUUUACAUCUCAUGAACACAUGACAAGUCCAUUAUUUAAAUACUAAGGGACGAAGAAAUUCCUAAAACUUCCAAACAUCCAGAAGUUUUGCUUGUAUAUGUCGCAAUUGCAUGUCAGAUAGUGUUCAUAUGUUGAAUAAUGCCAAUGGUAAGUGAUAUAUUUUUACAGUCAAUCAGUCAACCUGCUUUUUUACUAACAUUUUUGCACGGCUGGACAAUAUGAUUUUUUUUACAAGAGGCAAUAUAUUCAACACAGUAAUUUUUUCAAAGAUAGAAAAUGUACCAUUUAUAAUUUUAUAUUGAUGAUUAAUGUAUGUUGCUUAUGUAAAGUUAUUGUUGCUAGUAUUUAUGGAAUGGUUUUUAUGAAACUAGAUAAUAAGUAUUUCAUAUCAUUUGUAAUUAUCUACUAUCCAUUAUUAUUUUCUUAAUUGUUCAUAUUUAGAAGUAGUACAUAGUCCCUUCUUUGUUUUGUCAUGUGUGUAGGUCUUUUUUGAAUUCCAAAACUUCUUCUUUGGAUUCACACUCAUUUGACUGACGAGUCCCAGCAGUUCGAAAUAGUAGGUUGUGCCAUCCUUAUCAUUCUGCGUAUACUGUAUCGUAUAAGUAAAAUCAUAUUAAUGGCAAUAUUGAUUUUCGUUACUUUUUACCAGUGAAAUGUCAGAAAUUUCAAACUUGUAUAAUCAUUAGGUUAGUGGUGAUAUAACCAUUGUUUUUGACCAAUCAUAGCGGUGCUUUCUAAUUGAUUUUUCAGUGCGUGUGCAAAUAAAGCUAAAGCUGAUGUGGAAAGUGUU